AUGUCGAUUAAAUAUGAAUCUGCCCCUAUUGGGAAACAAGGAUUAUGUGCCAUUUGGACUCAAAUUUUUCCCGGUAAACCAAAGUAUACUGAAAAGGAUUAUCCUAAACUAGAUGGGAAAGUAGUGAUUGUCACAGGUGCCAAUGCUGGUGUGGGUUAUGAAGUUACCAAAUCAUUAUUAGGUUCAACCAAUGCUAAAGUUUACAUGUUUACUAGAAACAAACAAAAGACUAUCGAUGCUAUUAAGAAAUUAGAAAUCGAAGUUGCUUCUGAGUAUAAUAAGAAGAAUCUAAAAGUUGAUUAUAUCACGAUCGACUUUUCUGAUUUAACCACCAUCAAACCUGCUGCAGAUGAAUUCUUAAGUAAAGAAUCAAGAUUAGAUAUUAUUAUUCACAACGCUGGAGUCAUGGCCCCUCCUAUUGGAUCAGUUUCAAAGCAAGGGUUUGAAUUACAAUUGGGUACGAAUGUUCUUGGUCCUCACUUAUUACAGAAGUACUUAGAUCCAUUACUUAUCAAGACUUCCCAUACCAACAAACCUGGUGAAACUAGAAUUGUAUGGGUUGCAUCUUCAGGUCAAUACUUCUCGCCUAUUGGUGGUGUUCACUACGAGGAUCCUAAUUUCACCAAUACCCCAAAUGUGAGUAAAAUGCAAAUAUAUGGUCAAAGUAAAGCCUUAAAUGUGUUACAAGCUAAAGGAUGGAAUUCAGCUCAUCCAGAUGGUUCAAACGUAAUCAGUGUUUCACUUUGUCCUGGGGCUUUGAAAACUGAAUUACAAAGACAUUCAACUCCAUCAGAAGCAUUCAUGUCUAAAUUCAUCUUACAUGAAGCUCGAUUAGGUGCUUAUACUGAAUUAUUUGCGGCUCUUUCACCUGAUAUUAGAUCUGGUGAUCAUGUGGAAUGUUUUGGUAAGAAAACCAGAGCUAGAAAGGAUUUAGAAGAUCCAAAAGCUAUUUCUAAGGGAUGGGACUUUGUAGAAGAAAAUCUUAAACCCUAUUUAUAA